AUUAUAUUAUACUAAUUAAUUUUUAUCUUACUUAAAUGGUAAAAAUUAGCUGGAAUAAAAAUUAGUUUUGCAGCUAUCAAUCCAAACAUACUUAAUAUCUAAACCCUCAAUGUUGAAAGUAGUAGCUAAUAUCAACUCUUCUAGUAGGGAAAUAAAGAUACUAUUCACUCCCUUCAUUUCUCCCUUUUUUCCCCAACUAUUCUCAACGUCUUGUCUUCGACAUCUGUUGAGACGUGCGUCGCAUUUUCAACCACCGAAACUCACAAAAAGUUAUGAUAAUACAGUAUUUUUUGAGACACUUAAUUAAUAAAAAUAAAUUUUAUAAGCUAAGUCGAUGCGCAAGAGCUAAAAAUUUCAUUAUCAUUAAAAAAAAACAUCCAAGUUUAAUGAGUUCAAUUCGAUAUGAAUGAAACCAGUGGGAUUGACGUUGGCAAGAAAAAGGCCAAAAAAAGCACUAAACAGGGGGAUGGAUGAGGGCCGCCCGCUGCGCGUGUUUCUUCCAUGGCUGGUUGGUGAACAUUUGAUAAUUAGUUAAUCACGUGUUCACCCUGGAAACAAUAACGUAGGGGCAUGUGGACCAACUAACUAUUACUGGCUCAUCAUGGACAAGGAGAGGCAAAAAAAAAAAAAAAAAAAAGGAACCAGCCCGCUCCGAUCCAUCAUACGGAAAGGGCAUCGUUUUAUUUCAGCUAGCUGGCCAAUGCCCUCUGAGACCUAGACUAUGUGCAUACCCUCCCUCCCAUUUUCCCUUGCGCCUGAAGCGGAAAGUCAAGGUGUCCUUUCCGAUGUCGCUCGCCGCCUUUCUCAUCGCGUCCACCUUUCUCUUCCUCAUACCGCCUCCGCUGGCAUCCUCGGCUGCGACCGGCGAUGAGGCUGUGACGGCCUACGAUAUGCUCGGACGCUAUCACUUUCCCAAGGGUCUUCUCCCCGAAGGAGUUAUUGGCUACAACUUAGAUCAUUCGACUGGGAAAUUUCAUGCCUAUCUCAACGGUUCCUGCAGUUUCUCUCUAGAGGGUUCGUAUCAGCUAAAUUAUGAAUCCACCAUCAGUGGUUACAUAUCCAGGGGCAGGCUUGCCAGCCUCGAGGGUGUGAAGGUGAAGGUGCUGCUGUUCUGGUUCAAUAUCGUGGAGGUGGUUCGCUAUGGUGAUGAUAUCGAAUUCUCGGUGGGAAUCGCUUCCGCUUCUUUCCCUUCAGAGAACUUUUUCGUUUGCCCUAGGUGUGGUUGUGGAGUGGACUGUGAUGACUCGUUAUCCCCAGUAAGGAAACUCAAAUUAAAACCCCUUUUUUCUGUUUCCUCCAUGUAGUCUGAUUUCCCUACCAUUUGGUACAAAUUGUUCCACAUGCUGCUAGAAUAUCCCAGGAAAGCUAUUGAAUGGCGGUUGCUUUCUAGAAAGAUUUUACUCUUUACCUCAAUGCUGCACCCAUUCUCAAUCAUGAUGCCCCUGCACGCUCCUCUGAAGCAGAGACUUUAAAGGAGGGAUUUUCAGCGCAUGUCCAUUUCUUUAAAUUGUCUUUAUGUCCUUGUGUGUGAUUAUAUUGCCACGAAUUGCUAAAAUGCGGAAACUAUAUACCGCGAAAGUUUGGGUCUAUCUGCUAGUUGUGAAGGGGUUAGAUUGUGAUCUGCCUUUCUUGUGCUGUCUCUUUUCCCUUUUUAAUAUAAGCUGGGAAGAACUUGCAGUGAAUGACGGGACACAGGGAGUCUUAUGUGGUACAUACUUUGGUUCUCAACCCUAAAACUCAUGUAUCCUUUUCUAACUUUAGGGUAUCUUUUGCUUCAAGCCUUCACCCACAUAUUGUCUCGCUGCUUAUUAGCUGUGUGAUUAAAUUUGUUGUGCACGUUAAUUUCGUAAUUGGACUUAGAUCUUAUUAUGAUGUUUGUUAUUAACGGCGGGUAAUCAUGGAUUUAACUUUUAAAA